GUGACUUCGGAGUCAAAACAAAAAUCUUCUGGAAAGUCCUCCUGAUAUGUAAAAAGCAAGCUAACCAGCGAAAGCACGUAGCUACAGAUAACUUCAGCAAAGUGGUUUACAAGUUUUAAACAACUUUUAACAGCUCCAAAGUAAAUCCGUUGGAAUCAUUUCAUUAUGGAGAUCUCUCCAAAGUUCCGCUCUUUCUACAACUUCUUUUGGUGCGUUUUCGUGGCAUAGCUGAAAGGCUAGCGGUGUCUGGUAAUAUCAGUUAGCUUAGCAUUGGACUCCCCAACAAAAAAAGUGCAGCCUCCUUGUGAGCCUUGUUGGACGGCAGACGUGUGUAACUUAACUCGCUGGUUCCGUUGACAGCAACACCCUAAAGAUGUCUAUCCUAGGAUUAAAGAAGAAACAGCCGAAGACGUUCAAAGUCAAAGUAAUCACCAUGGAUGCUGAAAUGGAGUUCAGCUGUGAGGUGAAGUGGAAAGGUAAAGACCUGUUUGACCUGGUGUGUCGCACCGUUGGUUUGCGGGAGACCUGGUUCUUUGGACUCAGGUACACGGUGAAGGACACCUACGCCUGGCUGAAACAAGAGAAACGGGUCUUGGACCAGGAGGUUCCCAAGGACUCCCCCAUAACAUUUCAUUUCCUGGCUAAGUUCUUCCCAGAAAAAGUAGAAGAAGAGCUGGUCCAAGAGAUAACUCAGCACCUCUUCUUCUUACAGGUGAAGAAACAGAUAUUAGAUGAGGAGAUAUUCUGUUCCCCUGAAGCAUCCGUUCUGUUGGCGUCAUAUGCCGUCCAGGCCAAGUAUGGGGACUACGACCCAAACUUCCACAAGCCGGGCUUCCUGGCACAAGAUGAGCUUUUGCCAAAAAGAGUUUUGAUGCAAUACCAAAUGACAGCCGACAUGUGGGAAGAGAAGAUCACAGCUUGGUAUGCAGAGCACAGAGGCAUCGCCAGAGAUGAGGCCGAGAUGGAAUACUUAAAAAUUGCUCAGGACCUCGAGAUGUACGGUGUCAGCUACUUUGCAAUCACACAAAAUAAGAGGGACACAGACCUGUUACUUGGAGUGGAUGCUCAAGGUCUUCACAUCUACAACCCCAACAGCAAACUCAACCCCAACAAAUCCUUUCCUUGGAGCGGCAUCCGCAACAUCUCUUACAGCGAAAAGGAGUUCACAAUCAAACCCCUGGAUAAGAAGAAAGACGUUUUCAAGUUCUACUCCUCUCAACUGCGGGUCAACAAGCUGAUCCUGCAGUUGUGCAUCGGUAACCACGAUCUCUUCAUGAGGAGGAGGAAGGUGGACUCCAUUGAAGUGCAACAGAUGAAGGCUCAAGCCAAAGAGGAGAAGGCCCGCAAGAAGAUGGAGCGUCAAAUCCUGGCAAGGGAAAAACAGAUGAGAGAGGAAGCAGAGCGGGCAAAGGAAGAGAUGGAACGAAGACUCUUCCAGCUGCAGGACGAGGCACGACUGGCCAACGACGCACUGUUGCGAUCUGAGGAGACCGCAGACCUGCUGGCAGAGAAGGCUCAGAUUGCUGAAGAAGAGGCCAAGCUGUUGGCCCACAAGGCUGCAGAAGCUGAGCAGGACAGGCAGAGGUUAGAGGUCACCGCCAUGAAGACCAAGGAGGAGAAAAGGCUGAUGGAGCAGAAGAUGAGGGAGGCAGAGCAGCUGGCUGUGAAACUGGUGGAGCAGUCUGAGAGAAGGUUGAAGGAGGCAGAUCACCUGAAACAGGACCUGACCGAGGCAAAGGACGCCGAGCGGAGAGCCAAGCAGAAGCUGCUGGAGAUCACGAAAACAACAUACCCUCUCAUAGCCGCCUACUCUGCUCCCCCUGCACCUCCUGAAGCGGCCGACUUGGCUUACGAUUCGGCACCGUCGCGCCUCGACUUCAAGGACUCCGACAUGAAAAGGCUGUCUAUGGAGAUCGAGAGAGAGAGGCUGGAGUACAUGGAGAAGAGUAAACACCUGCAGGACCAGCUGAAGGAGCUGAAGACGGAGAUCGAGUCUCUGAAGCUGGAGGAGCAGCAGCAACAGGCUGGCGUCUACAGCCUCCGCAAUGAGGCGAGGGGAUACGUCCAGGAGCCCGCCUACGCCCCUCACAGCAAUCGAAACUCUGCGUACAUGUCUCAGAGGGCCUACUUUGAAGAAGUGUGAUCCUAGUCAUGCAGUACGAGGAAGGAGGGCACCGGCUGUUGUGACUCAGUGCUUUCUCAACAUGUUUGGUUAUUGUGUUGUUGUUUUACCUGUUUGACACUAACGGACAGACGCAUACACCACGACUGUGUGCUAUGGAGAGACUUUAAAUGUAUCCUCAACAACAGACAGACACUAGUUUGGCUGCCUGCACAGGUUGUCUUGCUAGGUUGUACCACCUGCUACACUACAGCACCUUCCACAGAUCUUUUUAUAAAUAUAUAAAUAAUGAACACACUAUUGUGUGUAUCCAACACCGAUUCAGGGCAUGGUGCUGAAGAUGGAUGCAUUAUUGAGUUGCUGAUGUUUUCUUGUGGUUUUAAGGGAUACUUAGCUGUUAGAUGUCAGAUAUAAUAUCAUAACUCAAUGACAAGUUAGCCGUUUAUGCCGUAACAACAUUUUGGGACGGAUUGAGGUUAACGUUUGAUACAAACAGGCUUUAGGCAAAAGUUCCUGCAUUUACAGUAAUUUGGUGAAUUACCUUUUCAGGCUGGAGGAUCUUCUGGACAAGUUCUAAAUAUCCUUAUGAUUUUGUUCAUAUGGUCGUCUUCUUUCAAACCAGCAAAGUGUUUCUUGAACUUGACUUUUGAAAAUAGUAAAUAAAAAAAAGAAUGCCCAAAUUUCUAUACAUGUACCAAGCUAUUGUAGAAUGUAGCUUUGAACACUUAAAAACACUCUUGAUCAUUAAUAUUUAAUGUGAAAAAGUAACAUUGUAAUCUUGCGGAUUAAAGUAAUUUAUAAAAAUGGUAAUUUCAACACAGAAAAAAGUCCAGAUUUUGACGAGCUGACGUGUGCAGGGACAGUGUGUAUACAGAGGUAAACGCUGCGUUUGGUCUUUCACUUGUUUCUUUGCCGGUUUCUGUUACUGGGUUCACAGACUUCCUUUACUGUUCACAGCACACAGGUGCCUCUAUUGUUUGUAGUGCCUCAUCAUGGUAGUUCAUAGGCAUGUAGUAUACAUUUCAAGUUUUUAUAUUUUGUACUCUAGACUGUUGACGUGCCUUGAACUUUAUUUUUUACUAUUAUGAUUGGAGUUGCUACGGUUUUAUUUGCUCUCAUUGUGCUCAUGUGUCUUAGCAUUAGGUCCACUUUAAGUUUGGGGUUAAUGCCAUACCCGGACUCAUUUACAGAUUCAUGGCAUUCCUGUUCUUUUGUUUUUCCUCGGCUCAUGUACUUCUCAGGGUCAGUGUUGGAGACAAUCACUGCAGGUAGAAUCUAAUUGUUUUCCCCUGAGAUAAACAGUAUGGUAUCCAUUAACUUUUACCUUGUUGAACAGGCUGCUUGUAUUUAACUUGGUUAAGGCCAAUAUUAAUUCACACGGUAAAGAUGAUUGACAGCGUUGUGUGCACUGUAUUUAACAGAUAUAAACUUAGUGAAAGUUUAUUCUACUACACUCCUCAUUGCAUCCUUACAAAGGGAGAGGCUGGAUGCAAGAUGCACAGCCAGACACUCUGCGUGUUGUUUAUUUGGACCGGCCUGUUGGACAGACUCCUUCAUGGACUGAACACUGACAAACGAUUGGUUCAUUUUGGCACAUUGAUAUAUAAAUGAGGCCAACAUUGGUCUUGUGUAAAUGGUAUUGUGUCCUCUUUUUUCUUUUUUUUUUUCAAACCAUUGCAUAAGUGCUUCAAUUUGCAUCUUUGACCUUAUUUAUUUGUCCUAUAAAUCCUUAAAUAACGUCACCAUACGUGUUUUCUUGAGGUCAUUGUGGGGAGUUAAGUGUUUCGUUUUUCUAGAAUGGGAUUUUCUUGCCAAAUUCAAGUCCAGUUGUUAAAAAAAUGUUUUGACACCGAAAACAAUAUUGUACUCGAGGGGAUGCCUUUUGUUUCU